AUGCUGAACAAGCUGCAAGGCCAACCUGAUAGCUACGAUAAGAAGGCCCAGUAUCGAUUUGGAAAAACACUAGGAGCGGGUACAUAUGGUAUCGUCAGAGAGGCUGAUUUCAAUGGAGAAAAAUGCGCGGUCAAGAUCAUCCUCAAAAAGAGCGUUAAGGGCAAUGAGCAAAUGGUCUACGAUGAAUUGAAGAUGCUUCAGACACUCAGUCAUCCUCAUAUUGUCAAGUUCCAAGACUGGUUCGAAUCGAGGGACAAAUUCUACAUUGUGACUCAACUUGCUACUGGAGGCGAACUUUUCGACAGAAUUUGUGACAAGGGCAAGUUCACGGAGAGGGAUGCCUCACAAACAAUCAAGCAGGUCCUGGAGGCCGUUGAUUAUCUUCACGGUAAAAAUAUCGUUCACCGAGACCUCAAACCAGAAAACCUUCUCUAUCUCACCAAAGACCCGGAUUCCGAACUGGUUCUUGCUGAUUUUGGUAUUGCCAAAACUCUCGACAGCCCCGGCGCAGUCUUAACAUCCAUGGCGGGGUCAUUUGGCUAUGCUGCUCCCGAAGUCAUGUUGAAGCAGGGUCAUGGUAAAGCGGUUGACAUGUGGUCUUUGGGAGUCAUCACAUACACCCUUCUCUGCGGCUAUUCUCCUUUCCGAUCCGAAAAUUUGGCCGACCUGGUGGAUGAAUGCAAGAGUGGUCGCAUCAUCUUCCAUGAAAGGUACUGGAAAGAUGUCAGCAAGGACGCCAAAGAGUUCAUUCUUUGCCUAUUACAACCAGAUCCCAAACGACGAGCUACCAGUCAAGAAGCCCUCCAGCAUAUCUGGUUGACCGGUGAGACCGCAUCAGACCACGAUCUCAUUCCAGAAAUCAGAUCCUACUUGGCGAAGAUGAAGCUGAAGCGGGGUAUCGAGUUGGUCAAGCUGGCGAAUCGAAUCGAUGCUCUAAAAAUGCAAGAAGACGAGGAUCCAGACUCUCCCGACGCAAACGAUAUACCUGCCAAUGCACAGAACGCCGCUGGAUUGGCUGUCAAGAACCAUGUUCGAGGGGUGUCUCCAGGCCGUGGGCUUUCGACAAGUGAAUCCCACGAAAAGAAAUCAUUGAGCAAAGCAGCGAAAAGUGCCAUUUUCAGAGAAGUGGUCCUGGCAAAGGUGAGGGAAAUGAAGGACAAGGAGAAAACAGACAGGCUGGUAGCCGAGGCCGCAAAGGAACAUGAAAGAAGAAAGAGCUUCUCGGGACAAAAAUGA